UUCGAAUGGAGCUUGCACUGGCUGAAUCCGGCUUCGUCCAAGGCAUCGUAAAGCUUCUAAUUACUAACAAGAGAUUCCACGCAACUCUUCACAACCUCACUAUUUAAGUUCAAAAUUCCAGGGAGAGAGAAGAGUGAGAGAAGAACGAGAGGAGAGAGAGAGAGAGAUCAUUUGCUGCUUCUCUUGUUCCCUCUCCCUUCUCCAACUUCUCCCUCCUGACUUCUCUUUUUUCUUCGAUCCUACCAGCAAGGCAGAAACCCUUUGUUACUAUGAUCUCAGGCCUCUGAUACAGAAAAAUUCCUGUUUGAUUUCUACGUGGACAGAAAGAGAGAGAGAGAGAGAGGAAGCCAUGAUCACGCGUUCGAAUCUAGCGGAACAGCUCAGGGAGUACCAGAUUCGGUCGAAACACGAUUGGGCUUCUAUUUCUUUUUUCUCCUCCACCGCGAAUCUUAGUUCGAAUUCCAGGGUGGAUGUUGUGAUCUGGGUGAUAUGGGAACUCGUCGUUCUUGCUUUGUUGGUUUUUUCCGCAGUUUCUUUGUAUUUUAGGCACGUCAGAGUUGCUUUUAGCUUGAUUUGCGUUGCAAUGCUGUUGUUUGUGUGCAUGAAAAUAACUAAGCAAGUAAGACUAGCCAGGAAAAAGAAGCGAAGAAUGCUUCUGCCAUUGUCCAUGUAAAACCUAGGAAAGUUUGGUCCCUGAAAAGCGACCCAAAAUUGUUGUGUAAAGUUUGAAUUCUUGAGCAUUCCCUGCGGCUCGUCUUUCUUUUUGUGGUUCUUUUUUUGUAUUUAGAGUAAAUAUAAGUUCAUGGAGGGAUUUCAGUCA